CGUCGUACUCUUGCUUCAGUACUUACCUUAUUCAUGGUGGGAAGAGAAUAGAGCAGAGAUCGCGAAGCAAAAGGAGGCAAAGACGCAGCCAUGUCGUUCAUGAAAGGAGAUUUGCUUACUCGAACCAGAAAGCUGGUUAAGGGCUUGGCCAAGGCCGAGCCCGUCUGGCUCAAAGCCAUGGAGCAUGCACCACCUGCAACAUUUCCUUGUGCUGGUGGAAAAGUUAAAAGAAUCAGUCUUCCUGAGGACCCUUAUAUAAAUAAGUUCUUUCAGAAACAUCCGGACUCAAGACCCGAAGAUGCCAUCAAGAUCUGUGGUUUUGAGCCCCCUUCUGCUCGUGUUUUUGGUUUGCGGGUGCUUGACCUGAAGGAGCAGGGUGUUAGUGAGGAAGAAGCAAUGGCUGUAGCUGAUAUGGAAUAUCGGGCAGAGAAAAAAACAAAGAAGGCGGCAUAUAAACGAAUGAAGCAGAUUGCACGUCUUCAAGGGAAGAAACCUCCUCCUAACCCAUAUCCUAGUGCUAUCAAAGAGAUUCAAGCUGAGGAGAGGAAGUAUGUUCGUGACCGCUUCUUCAACCCCGACAUACUCAAAAUUGUGGAGAAGUUGAAAGAGGAGAGGGCAGCUGAGGCACGGGACAGAUACGGAGGUGGCUUCUAACCUUGAAGUGGCAUGAGAGAGAGCUCUAAACGUAGUGCCAUGUUUUGCUUCUGGAUCCUGGGUUCUGGUAAUAACUAUGGCCAAUGAACCACUAGAGUGCUCAUUACGUUGGCUUUGAGGUUUAGUUCACAUAUGAGCUGAAAUUAUUAGACCAAGUACUUUUUUAGAAAUGAUUUCUUUUUCUUUUCUAAAUCUCAAGGGGUUUUUUUUUUUUUUUUUUUUAGGCAAAACUACAUUGUUGAUUGAAGCUUUGAGCAAAUACGUAAUAAAAUCAUGUUUGCAUUCUUAUA